CCGCUAGCUCGAUGCUGCGAACGAUCAACUAACUCGCACCCACUGCUCACAGAUCUUUUCACAAUGGCUUCGUUGUCGAGGCUAUCUACCAGAGUGAUGGCUUCCUCCAAGUCGCAGAUUGCCUCGCAGAGGCUCGCCUCGCUCAACCGUCAAUUCUCUUCCACGCCCUCAUUGGGCUUCGAAGUCAAGAAGCUCGGUGUUAUUGGCGCUGGCCAAAUGGGUCUCGGCAUCGCACUCGUCGCCGCCCAAAAAGCCCAAGUCCCAGUCACGCUUGUGGACACUUCCCAACAAUCCCUCGACCGAGGCCUAGCAUUCGCCGACAAGCUCCUAGCAAAGGAUGUCUCGAAGCAAAAGAUCACCGAAGAGAUUGCAAAAGCCACAAGAGAGAGGUUAAAGCCCACCACAAAGAUGUCAGACUUAUCAGACGUGGACAUGGUUAUCGAAGCUGUGCCCGAGAUCCCAUCAUUGAAGGAAAAAAUCUUUGCUGAAUUGGCCGAAACAUGUCCUAAACAUGCCAUCCUGGCUACAAACACUUCGAGUAUAAGCAUCACCAGGAUUGCUCGUGCGACGUCGAAGGACCCCACAGACACCUCAGCCUCGUCGCGGGUGGUGUCCACGCACUUUAUGAACCCUGUACCAGUUCAGAAAGGCGUGGAGAUCAUUUCAGGCCUGCAAACCUCUCCGGAAACGCUCGCGGCCGCCGUCGCAUUCUGCGAGAAGAUGGGCAAAGUCUGUUCCGUUUCAGCUGAUAGCCCUGGUUUCCUCGCCAACAGAAUCCUGAUGCCUUAUAUCAACGAAGCGAUCAUUUGCUUGGAGACGGGUGUGGGCAAGAAAGAGGAUAUCGAUAAUAUCAUGAAAAACGGUACGAAUGUGCCCAUGGGCCCGCUAACGCUUGCGGAUUUUAUUGGCCUAGACACUUGUUUGGCGAUCAUGGAGACGUUACACGCAGGUCUGGGGGAUAGCAAAUACAGGCCGAGCGUGCUGUUAAGGCAGUACGUCGAUGCUGGCUGGUUGGGCAAGAAGAGCGGCAGGGGUUUCUACGAGUAUAAGUGAGCUAGCUCCUUUCUGGGGUAUUUGGACUGGCGGCACCCAGGUGGUGGGGCUUGAAAGCUUCUUGGAUUCUGCAAUGGCGGUUCCCAUGCGUUAGAUGCACGGGUUACGUAGGAGAUGAAAAAAUGGCCCAUAACACCAAAUGAUCUAUCAAAAUGUAUUCCUAGAAAACCUAGAACCGACUCAUCUGUCUUUUCC